CAAAACUGAGGCGUUUGUGUGAAUGCCAAAAUAGUCGCAUAUUCAGCUCUUUUGUGGAUGAAAGUCGUUCGCGUUGCAGGAAAAUGUUGGUUUUCAUUUACGGUUUAUUUGUGAUUGGGAGUGCAAUCUACUUCUUCCUUACAUGGAAUCACAAGCAUUGGGCAAAGAGGGGUAUUCCCUUUGCCGAGCCCAGUGUUCUGUAUGGAAAUUUUCCAAGUACACUCACUCAGAAACGAAACAUUGCCUAUGAACACGAUGAGUUCUACAAUCAAUUCAAGGAUCGGUACAAUUUCGUGGGAUGUUUUAGCCUAAGGCAGCCACAAUAUUUUAUUUUGGACGCCGGUGUGGCGAGAGAUAUUCUAAUCAGCAAGUUUAAGAAUUUCCAUGAUAAUGAAUUUUCCGAUAUGAUCGAUAAGGAAAAGGACCCAAUUUUCGGGAACAACCCCUUUAUGCUAAAAGGUCAAGCAUGGAAGGAUAAGAGAGCUGAAAUUACACCAGCUUUCACUCAAUUGAGAAUUAAAGCCAUGUAUCCGGUAAUUGAUGACGUCUGCGAGAGCCUUAAGAAGUUUAUUCAGCGAGGAAAGCACUCAGCCAUCAAUGCACGUGACUUGUGUGAGAAUUUCACAACAGAUGUCGUUUCAAGUUGCAUCUAUGGUGCAGAUGCACGAGCGCUAUCUGGCGAGAAAGCUCCCAUCCGUGAGAUGGGCAAAAAACUUUUUGGCACUACUCCUAAAAUUGUUAUAUACUUCCUCGCGGUCCAAUUCAUUCCAUCAAUAACUAAAUUCGUUAAAAUUGGCUUUGUACCGAAGAAUGUUGAGAAGUUUUUCGUAAAGCUCACAAAAGAUGCCAUUGAUUUGCGAAGGAAGAGCAACAUUACACGUGAAGACUACCUAACUUACUUGCUUGAAUUGCAAGCAAAGAAGGGUAUUAGUGAACUUAGUAUGGCAUCUCAUGCAAUAUCCUUUUUCCUUGAUGGCUUUAUCACAUCAAGCGUUGUCCUCAGCUUUACCUUCUAUGAAUUGGCCAAGUCCAAAAGGGUCCAGGAUAAGCUAAGGACUGAGAUAAGGGAGACCAUUGCAAAGCAUGGCCGUAUUACUUUUGAGAUUGCUCAGGAAAUGCCCUACCUUGAGCAGGUAGUAUCGGAAAAUCUACGUCUAAACCCUCCACUGUCCUUCAUUAACAAGAAAUGCACCGAAACCUGCGAACUACCACUGACUGAAACUAAAUCAGCAACAAUUGAGGAGGGCUAUGGUAUUAUCCUACCAGUACGUAGCAUCCAACGUGAUUCACGUUACUACGAAAAUCCCAAUGAUUUCAUCCCUGAGCGUUUUGCACCCGAAAAGGGUGGCACUAAAGUCUACAAGGAUAAAGGAUGCUACAUGCCCUUUGGCGAUGGACCACGUAUUUGUCUUGGAAUGAGAUUCGCUCAAACACAAAUGAAGGCCGCCAUCAUUGCAAUUGUGAAGGACUUUGAAAUUUCUCUCGAUCCCAAAACUUCCCCCAAUGGAGAGUUGGAUCCAAAGGAUUUCAUCCCAGAUAUAAUUGGGGGAAUUUGGUUGAGAUUCAAGGAGAUUAAGGAGUAAAAGGUCACACGAGAGGGCAUUGGAAUUAGCCCUGAAGUGCCUUAAAAAAUUUUGCAUUGCUCAAUUUGCAAUUGCAGUAAUAUUGAACAAACUCCAUAGUCAGGUGCAGUCUUGUUCAUUAACUUUCUUUCUUCUUUUCUUUUGCAAAUACCUCAAGGGGUAUUGCACUACAGUAGUGUGUACAACAUUCUUUCAACAACACCAGGAAGGAGAUUAAACAAAAAAUUAUAUAUUCUUUUGUACAUUUCCUUGGCGCUACUAAUAAAGAAGCAUUUAAAGCAUUUUAAAUAA